AACAGGGGUCAACAGCAAACUCUGCGAGGAAAGUUGACACAAUUUUCUUCAAUAUUUGCCGGAAGAAGCUGCCUUUCAUGUUUUUACCAAAGACAAAGUACACAAUAAUACAUAUUCCACUAGAGAAAAAUGACGGAGGAUAUUGACGAAAUAUUAGAAGGACUUUCUUAUGAUGACCUGCAAGCAUUGUCAGAUGAAAUUGAUCCAGAGCAUGAACUUCUACCGGUUCAUGAACGUCAACUACAACCACCCUCGUCCCACAAGUUCGACAUUAAUAAUCGAAUUAAAGAAAUGGAGAAACUCUCUAUUGAAAGUAUCGAAGGCGACAACUACCUUCCGCUUCAUGGUCGAGACUACAAGCCUCGGCCGGAGGUUAGAAAGAAAGAACCUGAAGUCGUACUUCCUGAUGAAUGGGAUGAAGCUGUGAACCAGGCAAAUGAAAAAGAUUUGCAGGAUCUUGCAGGUAUCUUAGGUAUCCACAGCUUGCUAACUCAAGAGCAAAGUUCGUCAACAGAGGCUGGAGAAAUGAAAGAAUCAUUAAGAGAACUGGACGAGAAAAAAGGUCAGUCAUACGAACCAUCCCAAGGCGUUUCGGAUUACUACGGAGAACUGCAGCAGGUGGAUGUGACUGGUUUAUUUCGUAGACUGAAGGAUUUUGAUAAGACUUUGACAGAAAUUAUGUUGAACAACAUGAAAGAAGUGGACGACGUUUUGGUGGCCAUCGCAGAGUUCCUUGCAAGAAUGGAUUGUGUGACAAGAAUAUCCGUUGCAAAUACGAAAAUGAGCAACAACAUCGGAUUGAAAUUUGCAGAAGCAUUACAAAAUAAUAGCAGUCUUGUCUACUUAAAUAUGGAAUCCAACAUGUUGUCAGGAGAUGUGAUUGUGAGAAUACUUGAAGUCUUAGAAAACAACACAACACUAACAGAACUAAAGGUGGCCAACCAGUCAAAGGCGGCUGGUGCAAAAAGUGAACGCGAGAUGGUGAAAAAACUAGAACAAAACCAAACUCUGCUCAAGUUUGGCCACGCAUUUCUGACACCAGGCUUGGGAAACAUGGCGUCUCGACUCAUCUUACGAAACAAUGACAGAGCACGUAAAGCAAGACAAGCAGCAGCAAAGAAAUGAAUUGCCACCGAGGCUGAAGAACAGAACAGAUCUGUGGAAUAGAGCCACUAAGCAGCAUUGUCUUGAACGGGUCAAGUGAGAUGGUUUGCACAAGGAUUAAUUGAGUUGGAUUUUAUAAGUUGUUGUAUAUAUGUGUCG